AUGGAGAUGCCGGCGGCCCCGCCCCCAUUGCUGCCGCUGCGCUCCUCUGUUCUCUUCUUGCUCCUGCUGUCCUCGUGCUCGUUCGCCAGCGGGAGGGCCGCCGUUUCUUCCCCGGCGCCGGCGUCGGUGGGGGCCGCCAAUGGGACCGCAUCUUCUUCUUCUUCUCCGGUCGUUCUGGCGUCUCCCCCCGUCGUGAUCACAGUGGAGAGGCACCACCACUACCACCGGGAGCUGGUCAUCGCCACCGUGCUCGCCUCGGUCGCCACCAUCAUGAUCUUCCUCACCACCUUCUACGCCUGGACCAUGUGGCGCCGGUCUCGCCGGAUCCCCCACGGCAAGGCCGCCCGGCGACCAGACACCACCACCACGAAAGGGAUCACGCUGGUGCCGAUCCUGAGCAAGUUCAACACGGUGAAGAUGAGCAAGAAGGGGCUGGUGGCCAUGAUCGAGUACCCGUCGCUGGAGGCGGCGACGGGCAAGUUCAGCGAGAGCAACGUGCUCGGCGUCGGCGGCUUCGGCUGCGUCUACAAGGCGGCGUUCGACGGCGGCGCCACCGCCGCGGUGAAGAGGCUCGAAGGCGGCGGGCCGGACUGCGAGAAAGAAUUCGAGAAUGAGCUGGAUUUGCUUGGCAGGAUCAGGCACCCCAACAUAGUGUCCCUCCUGGGCUUCUGCGUCCAUGGUGGCAAUCACUACAUUGUUUAUGAGCUCAUGGAGAAGGGAUCAUUGGAGACACAACUGCAUGGGCCUUCACAUGGAUCGGCCAUGAGCUGGCACGUCCGGAUGAAGAUCGCGCUCGACACGGCCAGGGGAUUAGAGUAUCUUCAUGAGCACUGCAAUCCAUCGGUCAUCCAUAGGGAUCUGAAAUCGUCUAAUAUACUCUUGGAUUCAGACUUCAAUGCUAAGAUUGCAGAUUUUGGCCUUGCUGUGACAAGUGGGAAUCUUGACAAAGGGAACCUGAAGAUCUCUGGGACCUUGGGAUAUGUAGCUCCUGAGUACUUAUUAGACGGGAAGUUGACUGAGAAGAGCGACGUCUACGCAUUUGGCGUAGUGCUUCUAGAGCUCCUGAUGGGAAGGAAGCCUGUUGAGAAGAUGUCACCAUCUCAGUGCCAAUCAAUUGUGUCAUGGGCCAUGCCUCAGCUAACCGACAGAUCGAAGCUCCCCAACAUCAUCGACCCAGUGAUCAAGGACACAAUGGACCCAAAGCACUUAUACCAAGUUGCGGCGGUGGCCGUUCUAUGCGUGCAGCCCGAGCCGAGUUACAGACCGCUGAUAACAGAUGUUCUCCACUCUCUUGUUCCUCUGGUGCCCGCGGAUCUCGGGGGAACGCUCAGAGUUACAGAGCCACAUUCUCCACACCAAAUGCACUAUCCUUCUUGA